AUGAGUGAUCAACGUCCUGCGAAGCAUGAGGCUUCUUUAGCUUUGACAGAAAUCGCUGCUGAUCCAGCUCUCGAGAACGCAAAGGCCGAGGAUGCUGUUUCUGACUCAAUCUUUGAAGAUGCCGACGACCGGCCCAUUGUCCCUAUGACUUGGAGGCUUGGAUCCGUCCUGCUCAUCUGCCUAAUCAGCUUUGGCGCUUCUUGGUCUGCUCGUUUGACAUCCUCACUCAAGAGCACUAUCAAGAAGGAACUGGACAUCAAUAACACGCAAUUCGCUCUGCUUGAAGCUAGUGAAGAGUUCUUGGUCACGCUGUUGAUGAUGGCUUCGGGCAUUCUGACAGAUCGGAUCGGCGGUGCUGGUGCCAUGCUCUACGGAAACUUGAUCAUGACCGCAGGUGCUCUCGUUAUCGCGGGCGCAGCGACAUGCAGGUCAUUUCCUCUCAUGAUCUUCGGCAAAGUCACCGCAGCAUUAGGAGACAUUGCUACUCAGAUCGCGUACUACAGAGUAUUCGCCGGGUGGUUUGCACCUGGUGGAGGGUUUGGCACCACUAUAGGUCUUCAGAUCGGCAUUGCAAGAAUUGGUGGCUUCGUCGGAAGCUCUACAGCCAACGUCAUUUCUAAGAAUACCGGAAACUUCGCUUGGGUCUUCUGGAUCGGCGCAUGCGUCGCCUUUUUCACAAACUUGUGUACCCUUGUCUUCUUCGUCUUCACGAAGAUCGCACACAAGCGCUUUCGUCCCCCUCCUGACCCAGCGACUGGUGAGCCGUUGGUCGAGAAGAACAAGAAGUUCAAUCUUAACAAGAUCAUCCAUGUACCGUGGGUCUUCUGGACAAUCAUGCUUUUCUCAAUGGUGCAGACGAGUUGUUCCAACAUCUACUCUCAAAACGCCACUGAGCUUGCUGAGCACCGUUUUGGAGUAGAUGCUGUGGCUGCGGGUUGGUAUGCCUCUUUGUCGCAAUACGCAGGCUUUUUCCUGAGCCCUCUCAUCGGAGCAGUUAUCGAUACUUACGGCCAUCGUGUAACGCAAAUGGCUAUCUGUGGCACUGGUAUGCUCUUAUCAAUGGGGCUCAUCAACUGGAGCAGUACAACCAGUGGUGCAGCAGCUUCGUAUGCCUUCUACGCCAUCUUCAAGACUUUCGGGCCUGUGACUAUCAUCGAGGGUAUCCGAACUAGUAUGUGGCACCAAGACGUUUUUGGUACUGCUUAUGCUGCCAAGGUUACGAUGAAUAAUGCUACCAAUAUCAUCAUCCGCAUCAUCACCGGCGUCAUUCAGGAUGAAGACGACGGCUCUUACGACAGAGUCACUAUCGUCUACGUCUUCCUCGCCACCGCAUCUACCGUUAUAUCCUUAACAAUGCUCCUCGGCACCUUCUGGGCUACCGAUCUAAAAAUCCUGCAAUUCUCACGAAAGCAAAGAAUCCUACGAGGAGACCUGAUCAACGAGCGAAAGGCGAAGAGUCAGGGCCCUAGCGGCAAAAACGCGAGAAUGAUUAGCAAGGUCUGUUUCGUGGCGCUGUUCGUAUAUGUGUUGGGAAGCUGGGCAGCUUGGAUCUGGGGCGCUGCGACGGGGAAUAAUUAG